CACUUGGAACUUUUGUUCGAUACAAACAUACCUCCUCUGAGUGUAUGCUUGUAUCGAGUUGAAUUGGCAGUGUGCUGUUGGCGGUGGCUGGCCACUGAUAGGCGGCAAAGUCACAGGUUAUCAGUACCUGUGUUGACAUUGCAUAGCCACUGAGUGAUACAGCACAGCAGUGGACGGAAGGGGACUUGACGUCAUUACUCAAAAGUGACAACCAAAGGGAAACUAGUGUCACAUCAUCUCUUGGGUUCCAGACAGCAGAUCAGUCUGAGGCAGAGCAGAAAACACAAACAUGGCGUUCAACAAGUACUUUAUCGUUGUCCUAUUUUUCCUAUGCAACAGCGCUGCCUCUUGCUACAGGAUUGAGCCCGGGACAAUAGCAGGCAUCAUCGCCGCAGAUGUGCUGCUGACCCUCAUCAUCGUCAUUGCCACAUACCGUUGUGCCAGCUUUCGGCGGGAGAAGAUAGAGAAUGCUCACAAAGUGUACAUGAACGUCCGGGCCAACUGCCAGGGCUAGUAGAACGAUGUCAAGUACAUAGUGAAAUUGUGUUUGAUUUUCUAUAUACUGCUUUUUUUUAAAAAUACAAUUACAAAAUGUAACAAAAGAUUAAGUGAAACGUUUUUUUAAUUGUUUCUUGCAAUGCAGAAUGUUUUCUUUUGUUAGUUCAUUGCACAUACAAUAAAUACAACACUGUCAUGACUCAUAUUCACCAACCUUGUGUAAAAAUAUAUUUGGAUGCUAUUCAUGUUGUCACUGUAACGCAACGAUACAGCAUCAUCUGCAAUUGACUUUUGGUAACAAAAUGUUGACAUACUUUGACUAGAAGCAUCUCACAAAUAGAAACAAAAAAUGACUCCAAUGUUUUGUGGGACUUGGACUUCCAAUUUUUCCCACAUUUUUAUUUAAAGUGUUCAAUAAAUACAAGAUUAUGUUUC